AUGUUCGAUAUUGAAGAGCAAAAAGAGAAUCUUCUGGAAUCAGAUGCAACGACAUCGAUCAAAAGAUCUCAUCCAAUAUGGAUACAAUUGCGUCGAUAUACACGACAAUUUGUUGUUUUUAUUGGAUUCUAUCUUAUUCAAAUUUAUAAUUUUUUACGUGAUGCUUCUCGUGAUAUAUUGCAUUCACGUUCAAGAUCAGUUUCAGUAGUACCACAAAGAGAAUAUACUCAACUUUCAACCUAUGCCAACAAUGAAACGGAUACCGAAAUCGAAACACAAGCUCAAGAUUCUGUUGAAUCACCAUUGGCAGACAGAAAUGAAAAUUUACAAGAAUCGAUAGAUACACAAUACAUACCAGAUGUGAACAUCGAUUCAUUUGUCGAAAUCCCGAUUGCCAAUGGCAAUACCUCAAUAGCACUGGUCUCCAUAACUACUGUAUCUUCUCCUUCAUCAGCCUUCAAUUCUCCCACUGCAUCACAUCCGUUUAUCACAAGAAAUCCUAUGCAAAUCGCUCUAUCUUAUAAUAGCGAAACAAAUGAUCGAAUCAAAGAGAUUAGUCAAUUGAUUCAUGAUAGUCUUACUACUCCAGAUUGUCCACAUCCAGUUUUUUAUGGUCCAAAUUUUGAAGAUGAAUUAGCCGUACGUAAUGGAGAUAAAGUUUUAGAAAGAAUUUAUAGACGAGCUGCUCUUGUUGUCGUCUUUCUUUCAACGAACUAUCAUAAUUCUCAGUUUUGUUAUGAUGAAUGGCGAACAAUUAAAUCUCGAUUUUUUGUUGGUUGUAACGAUGCAGAAGAUGAACGAUUACUUCUUGUUAAAUUGAGUGAUUUUAAUGCCGAUGAAUUAAGUAUUCAUCCAACUGAUUUCUAUAUCGAUGGAACAGAUAAGACCGAUCAAAGAUUGGCUGAAUUAAUCGUUCGACGAUGGCACAAAGUCGCACAGUUAUCCAAGUGA